ACUCUUUUAGUGAUGAAAUCAUUGGAUCACUCAAUGAAUCAACUCUUCAUUCAAUCGUUGAUUUAUUUCAAUAAUUAAAUCAUUUAUUAAUUAAUCAAAAAGUUGUCCAAAGAGUGCAUCAAAUCUCCAAAUGGUUUACUAUUUCACAACCGAUGUGGUGUCACCGCCGAUGACGCUAUACAUGGGCUUUGAUAAACACGAGAAUGAGGAGCUGAUCCGUUGGGGAUGGCCUGAAGACGUAUGGUUUCACGUGGACAACGAGUCGUCAGCGCACGUGUAUCUUCGGCUCAGAGUCGGCCAAACGCUGGACGACAUCCCGAGUGUAGUGAUCGAUGAUUGCGCGCAAUUGGUUAAGCAGAACAGUAUUAAAGGAUCCAAAAUGAAUAACAUCGAUGUCGUGUACACCUUGUGGUCAAAUCUGCGCAAAACAGCCGCUAUGGAAGUCGGACAGGUUGGAUUCCACGACCAGAAGGCCGUCAGAACUGUUAAAGUGGAGAAGAAAAUCAACGAAAUUGUUAAAAGACUCGACAAAACAAUGGUUUGAAUCGAUAUUUUGUUGAAUGC